AACAGUGUCAAAUGUCAACGUCAACUUGAUGUCAACUUUAAAUUUGAAAGUAAGUUUUGUCGUUAUCGUUAAUUGUUUUAUGUGCCGUUGUUAUACAUUUUAAAAUUCUUAUUUUCUGGGAUUUAUCUUAUUAUUCAGUUUGUAUUAGUUACAUUAUGGAUCAAAUCAUAUCUUUUGAUAAAAGUCUCCAAAACCGUUUGGAAGAAUAUAAUCAGGUAUUUUCUGAAUUAGGGCCUUUGCCUUAUUCGAAGUUACAAGAAGAAUGGGCAUAUUAUUUAGAACUUACACUAGACCCAAACGGAUGGCAAGCUUUAUGGAAAAUUCCUCGAUUAAAAUGCGAGGAACUUCAUAUUCCAUUCCCCAGUGUUGUUUUGAUUUAUGUUUUGAAUGUUAUUUAUAAAGAUCUGGCUGCUCUAGUUAGGAUUUUAGCAGUGCAAGAUGAUAUACAUUUGCCUGAGAAGCAUUACGUGCCAUUGAGCCAAUUAUGGCCUACUAGAGAUCAAGACAAGAGUAUUGCUUUAAAUAUGAAUAGUACUGCAAAUGCUUUAGACAUGCUUAGAUUUUUCUAUAUUCAUCUUGUCAUGCCCUGGGAUGAAGACGAUGAUUCAAUUGAUUGGAAAGGAAGUCAGUUAAUCAACAGAUUAAGAUUGCAUUAUGACCUUAAGAAUGGUAAAAUACCAAAAGCUACAGCAGAACAUAUUCAUGCUCUAUUAAAUGAAGCUCGCAGAUUAAAUGGCAAAAGACAUAAUCUCAAAUCUAUUUGUCAGGAUCUUGAUAGUGAUAUAGAAAUUAAUGAUGGUUUUCCCAAUAAACAAGUCGAAUUACUUGUGGAAAUUAAUGUUAGAUUAAUAGAAAUACAGAACGAAAUGCAUAUUUUAGAAAAUGACAUGUUUCGAAAUGUUAUUAUUAAGAGAGAAAAUGCAUUUAUGAAAACGGUUGAAAAAACUAAAGAUGACCCCUCGAUUUGGCUAAUAUUUAAAGAAGGUAUAACAAAAGAAUACAUAAGAUUUUUAGAGAUUGUUGAAGGCUUGUAUCCAAAUAAAUCAGUAACAUUUGCGAAAGAUUUUAUGUCCAAAUUAGAAUCAGCGAAUGUUAAUGACAUAAUUUUGUUAAGUGAGUGUCAGCAUAAAAUUCAUAGUAAUGGUGCUAUACUAGAAGACUUUACUAUUAAGGGUGUAGGUAACAGAGAUUCUGUACAGAUAUUGUCUUUGGCUGAUGAUGUUGCCUUAGACUGUGUUGGAGAUUAUUUACUUAUUGAAAAUGUUACAAUUGACUGUAGAAAGAGUCAGUGUGCAAUAGUAAUUAGGAAAGGCUGUGUUACUUUGAGAAAUUGUAAAGUUAUUGGGAAUGAAACAUCAUCAACAUGUCAAGGAAUUUUGAUACUUGGUGGAGCCAAAGUUGACCUUACAAAUUGUGAAAUAUCUGGCUUUUCAAUGGGGAUUGUCAGUAAUACAGGGUCAUCAAUUAAUAUCAGUGACUGCAUUAUACACAACAGUGGUUUUGGUUUAAAACUCUAUGAUAAUUGCCAGAUUUUUCUGAAAAAUACCCAAAUUAAAAACUGCAAGGAGUAUGGCAUAGUUAUUGAGACUGAUCAAACUUACCCAUCUGAUUUAAUUAUUGGUGAUUUUAAUAUAUUAAAAAUGAUAUCACAUAUCAAUUAUGAGUCUAUUAAAGGAGAUAACAAUAAUAAAGGUGAUGUUAAAAUCAGAAAGAAUUCUCUUAGAGCUAAAGAGGACCUUUUUGAUAAUCCAGACUUGGAUCCUACUAUAUUGGAGAGUUCUGAUGAUGAAAUGGAAACUAAUUUAAAUGGAACAGUUUUUGAAGUCCCCAAAGUUGAAAGUAAUUAGCAAUUUAAACUAUUUUACUUAAUAUGUUAUAUAUUUUAUUAUAAAUUCUUUAUAAUUUAUUUCUAGUAUGCAAUACAAAGUAUUUAUUUUUUUUAUGUUUAAUUAUAGGCAAACACUAAUAAUUUGUUAAUCAUAAGAUUUUGUAUAUAAUAUGGACAUACGCAUAUUAUUAGUAUUUGAUGAAUAUCUAAUUAUAUCUCUAUUAUAUGGCAUAAGUAUAGCAUACCAUACUAAUGUCACAUAAUAUGUCACUAUGGGUAAUGUGAAUUCUAUUAUAAUUCAUAGUAUGUUAAUUGAAAAUGAUUGUUGAUUAGAAUGAUUGAAAAUCACCUCUUUCCUCUUUAUUCGAUUUUAUCCUAUUUUUCUUUAUCUGAUCUUGGUUAAAUUUGGUAGCGUUAAUUUAUAUCAACACUACCUGAUUUAAUCAAAAUUGCAUGGAUAAAAAAUAUUAACUGAUUUAUAAAUAACAUAUUUUUGAAUAGACAUAACUGGGAAAUUAUGCUUUUCUAAUUUUGGCAUGCAGCUAAAUACCGGGUGCGUCUCAAAAGUG